CGCAAGACUACGUCCUGGUCGACGUGCGGAGCGACAAGGCCAAGGCCAAGGCAGGCGUGCCACGAGCGGCGCGCCGCAGCUGCCAACGAACGCGAAGAACAAACUCGUCUCUGUGCCGUAUGAAGCCAGGAAUUAGAAGACAUUUUGACUUGGAAAUUAGAAUGUGCUAGCGUCAUCACGCAAUGCUCUGCUCUCAGGCUGGAAGAGCUUCCGAGCAAGCUGAGGGUCCUUCUUUGUUUGGCUGUGUUCUUCGAAUGCUGUAAGUUUCGGCUUUCUGUUGACAAUGUGGUGGCCUUGUCGCUUCAAGCCGCCAUUGGUGGAACUGCUAAGCAGUUCCACGUUUCCUGAGUCAAGGACAAAGUCUUCAGGUUCUCUGUUUCUGCUAAGCCUAUGUGGUUCUUUCCUUGUCGUCUUCUUUCGUUCUCCUGUAAUCUCUUCAAGUUCUUCUUUCACCUACGGGUCAACCACUCGUAUCCACGACAGGUCAGUAGUAAGUACAUGGAUGAUGCCAUGAUGGAUCGACCACAGUGCGAGCUCGCCAAGGAAAAGCAACCCGAAAAUUUUUUUCCGGGUAUUGAGUUGACUCCCUCAUGUUGUCGGUACUGCUACUGAUUCGUGCCCGAUCGAGCCCCCACACGUUCUUGCACGUCGACGUUGGCACAACAGCAGAACACUACUUGAUUGAUCAUCGGCACGCAAAACAUAAAAUGAAACCACCGACUGCUCAUUGCAGCCGGCGUGAGUUUCCAAGAUGAAGCCUAACAGCAGCAGCAGCAGCAGCCAGGUCGUCCGCAGAGCUGCAUCCACCACCGGCCUGCUCUUCGUCGUUCUGCUCGUCGCCUUCACCGCGUCCAACUACUCGUCGCUCGACACCGACCGGCUCCUUGAUGUGCCGCCCAACGCCGCGUCUCACGUGCAGACGACGGCGCCAUCUUCCUCCUCCUCCCUCGAGGUCGAGAAGAGCGCGGCGUGUGACGACGUCGCGAGAGGCGAGUGGGUGCCCGACCCGGCCGCGCCCUACUACACCAACGCGACAUGCCCGUUCAUCGACAGCCGCCAGGACUGCAUGAAGUACGGCAGGCCCGGGCUUGAUUCCAUCCUCCGGUGGCGGUGGCAGCCGCACGGCUGCAACCUGCCCCGCUUCGACCCGGCCGCCUUCCUCGGCCUCGUGCGCCACAAGUCCAUGGCUUUCGUCGGCGACUCCGUCGCUCGAAACCACAUGCAGUCGCUCAUGUGCCUCCUCUCUAAGGUGGAGUACCCGCAGGAGAUGCAGCCCAAGGACUGCAUCCACUGCACGCGCACCUACCACUACCGCGAGCACAACUUCACGGUGACCGUGUUCUGGGCGCCGUUCCUGGUGCGCUGGAACCUGACGCGCGCCGGGGCGCUGCAGUUCAUGGACCCGCACAACGUGUACCUCGACGAGGCCGACCCGGAGUGGGCGCGCCAAGUCGCGGGCUACGACUACGUCGUCCUCAACGGCGCCACGUGGUUCACCCGCCCCGUCGUGCUCCACGAGCGCGGCCGCGUCCUGGGCUGCAGCGACUGCGGCGACCCCAACGCCACGUUCGUGCCGCCGCACCACGCCGUGCGCGCGUCGUUCCGGACCGCGCUCCGCGCGCUGCGGGAGGCCCCGGGGUUCCGCGGCAAGGUGGUCGUCCGGACCGUGGCGCCGCCGCACUACGAGAACGGCAAGUGGUACGACGGCGGGAACUGCCUCCGGACGCGGCCCAUGCGGAGCGGCGAGACGGGCCUCCCCGACACGGAGGCCGCGUUCCACGCCGCUCAGGUGGAGGAGUUCCGCGCCGCGGCGAGCGCGGCGCCGCCAGGGCGGUUCGUGCUGCUGGACGUCAGCGAGAUGAUGCAGAUGAGGGGCGACGGACACCCCGGCCAGUACGGGCACUGGCCGCACGAGAAGGUCGGCUUCGGCAUCGACUGCGUGCACUGGUGUUUGCCAGGCCCCAUCGAUGCUUGGAGCGACGUGUUGCUUCAUUUGAUCACUAAUUGACACAUGACACGCAUGUUCAUGUUGUUAUUCUGUACAUGUUGCAUCGAAUUGGAUGCAGAAGUGUAAUGAUUUAUGUAUUCUGCCAUAGAAGCCAUUGUGCGCUAUACAGCGUUUGUGCACAUCCUACUAGUCGAAGCUGCGUACUUCUACUUCUGCCAUCAGGGAAACUUAAAGGUUGUCAAGCCCUGGUCGGUGGCUGAUGUCUAUUCUGAAACGGGAACAGAGGAAUCGGGUAUGUGACACCAACAACAAACACCACGUUAUUAUCAACCAGAAAUCAACUACA